GUCAUGGCCAACAAUUUGUACGAGAAGCGAUGGAUGACAGUCUACCGUCACGCAGGCUGCUUGAACGCAUACCGUCGAGUCAAGCCGCGUCAUCUGAGAAGCGUCAGCGCUUGGCUCAGCUGGCCACACCUCCUACACCAGACAGCAUAGCGGCGGACCGCCAAGCAUUGCACGAAUUAUGUAGUGCAGUGGAAGCGAACAACUUGUCACGAGCGGAGGCACUAAGGGGUGUACUCGAGACAUUAAGAGCAACCCACGAUUCCCGACCAGCGAACAAACAGGAACCGCGGGAACCACGUAGUUGGCCGGAGUGGCCCUCGAACCGGUACAACCUCAGCAACAUGAUGGAGCGCGACACUAAAGAGGCAUUGCGAGAAGCCCUUAAGAAUGCGCAGAUCUCGGGUCUAGAUGAAGCAUGGAGUCUUCGUUGGUUUUACAAGGUGUUAAGCCAUUUUAAAGCCGAGCAAUCUACGCUCGAUUAUAAAAAAUCUAAUCACCAACGUUUAGUUGCAUGGACACCUGAACUACAGAUAACACAAAUCUGUUCACACGAGACACAGGCCACAGUGGAUACAACAUUUCAGAAAUUGGCCAAUGGACACCUCAAGCUUAGUAAUGCCCCAGUGAUGGAACAAAUGACUUUCCUGAUGGAGAAUCAUCGCCGUGCACAUGAGCGUUGUCAGACUGAGGCCGAUAUUAAGCAGAACUUGCUUAACCAUUGUAUAGUGCAGUUGUUGGAAGAUACCUUGGGAUCCCGUACAUAUGAGCGCACGUUGCAGUUACACCCGAAGUGGCAGCUCAUGGAGACACAUGAAUUACUACAGUUGUUAAGUCCUGAUAUCCAAGAGGCUCAGAUUCGUUCGACUCAACGGUUGGUCAACCAUCGAGAUCACAAUGGGGACACAGACCGGGGGGAGACAACGAAUAGUAGACCUAGCCCGCACAUAGUACAGCGUCAGUAACAACAAUGGCAACAGUGCCCGACGCCAAUAACUAAUCCAACGACGUGCAACGGUUGCCGGGCACAAGGC